CGAGGUCAGUUGUUCCCUCCUACCGCACGCUUAGUUUCAUAAAUCCGCUCGAACAGUUCAGUAUACUUUUUUAUCUAAUAUAGUAAGAGAAUAAUAUUUGCGUGUCCGAUAAGGAUUAUUUGAUACCUACUCGAGAACGUAAUAAAUAGUAGGAUUCGCGUGUGGUCGAGUUACUUGUGUACACGUUUUAGUAGAAGGAACUAUGUACGACGCUAAAGAAAAAGUUGUGUUGAUUACCGGGGGGGCUGCUGGUAUUGGUGCUGGUGUGGUGAAAGCUUUCUUGGAAGAAGGGGCUAAACAUGUCGCCAUUUUGGAUGUGGAUCCUAAAGGAAAAACAUUUGAAGAAGAACUGAACGCCAAAUACGGAGCAAACACGGUGAAGUUCUACAAAUGUGACGUCACAAGCAAUGAUUUACAUGAAGCCUACGAUGACGUCAUCAAAAGCAACGGAUACAUUGACAUCGUAGUGAAUUGCGCUGGGAUUCUCAACGAUGGCCCUAACGGUUAUGAAAAACAGAUUGCCGUUAAUCUGACAGCAUUAAUAACAAGUAGCUUGAAAGCCUACAACCUAAUGCGUAAGGACCAUGGAGGAAAAGGUGGAACUAUUAUCAAUAUCUCUUCUAUUGUGGGAUUGGUUCAGAGUAAAAUAUUCCCAAUCUAUGGUGCUACAAAGAGCGCUGUCUUGCAGUUCAGUAACGGUCUUGGGAUGAAUCUACACUAUGACAGAUCAGCCGUGCGAGUUCUCACAAUGUGUUUCGGUUGCACCGACACUACUCUUUUCGACCACUCCAAAAUGAAAGCGAUUGACAAGGAAACUGAUGAAGCACUAGCAUUGGGCCUUAAGUCACUACCUUGGCAAGCUCCUGAAUCAGCUGUCAAAGGCCUCAUGGAUGCAUUCAAGAAAGGAGAGAGUGGCUCCACUUGGUUAGCCUCAGCAAAUAAGCCCGCAUACGACAUCUCAGCAAACAUAAGCAAAGCUUACGAAAUUAUGAGCCAGGGUGUUUAUGAUAAGUAAGGCAUUAGGAUUAUAAAAAGUGCGAUUAAUGAUUGUGUGAAUUCAGUGUUAGUUUUAAAGGAUUACUUACAAAUUGUUUGUGCAAUCACCACAUAUUACGAAUGCUGUGUUUUGUCCGAAUUUUGAAAAGAAACGAUUCUGAGUGUAUUAAGUCACGAUAUAAUUUACUACUACGCGAACAAUUAUUUGUUCUAUGAUGUGCACAGCAUUGUAAAUUUACCUCCCUACUACUUAUUUAUUUAAGGAUAAUUUGUUUAUGCUAGUAACAAUAAACCAGAUAGUCUUAAGUAAUAAAUAAUAAUUUUACAAUUA